CGUGCAAACACCUUUCCUUGCAGAGUGCAGUUGAGAGCUUUGCCUCUGUCCUAGAACAAACAUCCACAUCGUCCAACUUCACCAAAGAAGAGACCUCCGCCCUGGCCACUGUUGUCCUGGAGAGUGUGAAAAGCACCACCCUGGCAGCGUUCCUGAAACCGUCAGCAAAUGUCAGUCAGACUGUCCAGACUGAACGUUUAGAAAUUGAAAGCAAAAUUAUCAAGGAAGAAUGCACUGAAGAAAAUGUGACCUUUCACCUGAGAGCCAAAGGGGACAAGAUGGAGAUUGGGUGCUCCACCAUUGAAGAAUCUGAAUCCACAGGCACCACUGGGGUGGCUUUUGUCUCCUUUUCGGGGAUGGAGUCUCUUUUAGAUGAGAGCUUCUUCCAGGACCCUGAGACCCCUUUGGCCAACUCCCAGAGGAAGUUGAAGGUGAAGAUGAAUUCUCGCGUGGUACAGGGUAUCAUGACUGGGGAGAAGAAAGAUGGCUUCUCUGACCCAGUCAUUUACAUGCUGGAGCACAUUGAGCCAAAGCAGGAAUUUGAGAGGCCUAUCUGCGUUUCCUGGGACACCACUGUGGAGGGUGGUAGGUGGAUGCCCUCUGGCUGUGUGGUCCUUGAAGCUUCUGAGACGCAUACUGUCUGCAGCUGUAAUCAAAUGGUGAACCUGGCCAUCAUCAUGGCUUCUGGGGAGCUCACGAUGGAGUUAUCCCUGUACAUCAUUAGCCAUGUGGGCAUGAUCAUCUCCCUGGUGUGUCUCAUCUUGGCCAUCGCCACCUUCCUGCUGUGUCGUGCCAUUCGCAACCAAAACACGUACCUCCACCUGCACCUCUGCAUCUGCCUCUUCUUGGCCAAGACUCUCUUCAUCUUCGGUGCAGACAAGACUGACAACCAGAUGGGCUGCGCCAUCAUUGCAGGCUUCCUGCACUACCUUUUCCUCGCCUGCUUCUUCUGGAUGCUGGUAGAGGCUGUGAUGCUCUUCCUUAUGGUCAGGAACCUGAAAGUGGUGAAUUACUUCAGCUCUCGCAACAUCAAGAUGUGGUACCUCUGUGCCUUUGGCUACGGGCUCCCAGUGCUGGUGGUGGCUGUCUCUGCCAGUGUGCAGCCACAAGGUUUUGGGAUGCAUAAUCGCUGCUGGCUGAAUACAGAGACAGGGUUCAUCUGGAGUUUCCUGGGGCCAGUCUGUGCCAUCAUCAUGGUUAAUUCCAUCCUCCUGACUUGGACGUUGUGUGUCCUGAGGCAGAAGCUUUCCAGUGUCAACGCUGAAGUCUCAACGCUCAAAGACACCAGGUUACUGACAUUCAAAGCCUUUGCCCAGCUCUUCAUCUUGGGGUGCUCCUGGGUGUUGGGCAUUUUCCAGAUUGGACCCAUGGCUAGUAUCAUGGCCUACCUGUUCACUAUCAUCAACAGCCUGCAGGGGGCCUUCAUCUUCGUCAUUCACUGUCUGCUCAACCGCCAGGUACGGGAAGAAUACAGGGGAUGGAUUACCAGGAAGAUCAAACCCAGUUCUGAGUCCCAGACUUCAGGGAUGGUACUGUCCUCUGUCCCCUCCACUUCUAAAACGGGUUAAAGCUCUUUCUUACUUUCAAAUAUGCUAUGAAGCAAC